AUGACUAUUAACUUGCAUAUAGCUAUCGCCCUGGCCGUCAUUUUCGGGCUAUGGAGAUUACUGAGAACCGGUCGACGAGACCCUAGACUUCCACCAGGACCCCCGACUGUACCGAUUCUUGGAAACGCUCAUCAAAUCCCGCUCACCGGUUUGGGGAAGAAGUUCCACGAAUGGUCUCAAGAAUACGGCAAAAUAUACUCUCUAAAGGUUUUCAACUCGACAAUGAUUGUACUAGCAGAUCGCAAGGCCAUCUACUCCCUCCUCGACCAAAAAGGCAGCAUCUACUCGGAAAGGCCGUACCUUGCUGUACCUACAUUCAUGAGUCGAGGAUGUCAUAUGACUUUUGAGCAAGCCACACCUGGCUGGAGAGAAAAACGUUCGGUCAUUACCAGAAAUCUCAAUCCCCAGAAUCUGGACAAGAAGCAUUUCAGAGUUCAAGAAGCAGAAUCGAUCCUGUUCAUGCACAACCUCGUCCAACACCCGAACCAAGCGUUCGACUACGCUCGUCUCUAUGCCUCAUCAGUGGCAUCCAUUCUAGCUUGGGGAUUUCGGGCCAAGGAUUUCGACUCGUUCUUCUACAAGGACUUUUACUCGUUUGUUGAUCAGUGGCUUGACGCUAUAGAACCUGGCGCAAAUCCUCCAGUCGAACAGCUGCCAUUUUUAUGGUACCUGCCCGGAGCGUGGAAGAAGAGGGCGACCCACGUUAGAGGGCUGAUGGACUCAACGUGGUCCAAGGCGCGCGAGAUGGUAGAGAAUCGACGUCAAAGAGGAGACAUCCGCGACUCGAUAGUCGACCUCAAACUAGCCCAGUACGAGAAAGACGGAUGGCCCAUGUCUCAGUAUGCGUUCAACAACUUGUUUGGUGAAUUACUUGAGGCCGGAGCUGACACUACUGCAAACAUGCUUUUGACAAUUAUUUUGGCGGUAACGAAGUUUCCUGAAGUCCAAGUCAAGGCAAGGCAAGAAUUGGAUGCAGUUUGUGGAACUGAGCGAACACCACUUUUUUCUGACUUUGACAAACUACCCUAUAUCAACUGCAUCAUCAAAGAAGCCCUCAGAUGGCGUCCAACAUCUGAUCUUGGAAUCCCGCAUAGACUUGCCAAAGAUGACUGGUACGAGGGCAUGUUUUUCCCUAAGGACAGCACAAUCUGGCUCGCCGCCUGGGCUAUUCAUCAGAGCGAUGACGAGUUUCCUGAUCAUGAUCGUUUCAAUCCGGAUCGAUUCAAAGGUCACGCCAAGUUAGCAAGUGAUUACGCAGUCGGCCCUGACUGGAAGGGACGAGAUAAGUUCACACCCCAGUCCAUCUCGGUUCCGGACCUCAGCUGA